CUCUCUAGAAAAAAGUUAAAUGUUCAGAAAAAUGAUAUUACGGGGUAGUUAAUUCGUUUAUUUGUGAAUGUUGCAAGUUUCAGCACUUGUGUCUAGCAUUUUCCUAGGUAUAUGGGACAUCGCAUUAGAUGAAAAGUAAUGGUUGUUUGUCACUGGUGUGACACAACACAAUGGCGAAGAAAAAGAAACCAGCAUCGAAGACUGCAACGCGGCGAACUCCUAGGCGCGGGAAGAACGCGGCGACUGCCGAAACCGCGGUUGUUGCCGAAACCGUGGCCGACAGCUCUUCAUCCGCUUCCGUCGAUCCCACUCCGCCUGACAAUACCUCUAAGACGCAGACUGAGCAGCCUUCUAACUUAGGUGAAGCCUGUACAGCACCAGUUGAGGAACACCCACCGUCUGAGCCCCAGACAUCUGGAUUACAAUUGAUCAACCCUAAUCUCAUACCCACAGUUGUCUUACACAAGAAAUUUGGCAAGUACCGCUGUUUGUUCAACAAUGAUGAUACAUUUACUAGAAAAUAUGAUAUUGGCAGUGACAGUGAAACCAAUAGUAGUGUAGAAAUUAGGGUGGUUGACCCUUGUGCCAGCUCAGAGUCAGACUCUAAUGCUGCUUUAGAUACUCAAUCAGAUACAAAUAGUGGGGCUUGCAUGAGCCCCAUACAUAGUACAAGUAAUGCAAACCAGAGUGAUUCUAGAGAUAUGUCACCAGUGCCUAUGCUCAGCGAAGUUCCAUUGCCUCAAGAUAUACCUCUACCAAGCGAUAAUAUUGAAUACAAUAAUGACAUAAUCGAACUUGACUCUGUGCCAUUACCACCUCCAAGGGAAAAUACCCCUGUGGAAAAUAAUGCCUACCAUGAAGAACUGCAAGAACAUGAGGAGGCAAAGUUUGAACUUGUACCUGAGUCUGAACCAGUGGUUGAACCAGAGAUACCAGUGAAUCAAGACAUUCCAUUGGAGCAGCAACAGUUUGAAUAUGGAGAUGAGGAUGAUGAUGUUAUCACCAUAGUGCAGAUUGUAGAAGAUGACAACCCAGAGCUUUACUACAACAUUAAAAUGGACAGUCCUAGCGCACUGUCUGUGUCAAGUCCUAAUGAACUUUCUAAGAUUGAGUCUGAAGAUGAUAAAAAGCAAGAUGUGGAAUUCCAAAAACACUUUGAGGAGCUGAACAUUGCUACACCAGUUGAUUUAAAUGUUAGUUCACCUAUGGAAUGCUCAGAUGUUAUCAAUAGGACACCGCCCUGUGGCACAUCUGACAUACAAUUUUCAAAAGAUAGUCUGGAUGUCCUUACAAGGCCUGAUCCUAGUUUAACACCAAGUUCUACUUUAUCCGAUGACAGUAACUCUUCAAGAGCUACAGAGCCAAAUCAAAACAACUCCAAUGACUCUGCAGAGUCAUCACCUACUGGUGUGAGAAGGUCAAGCCGCAUCAAAACCAUCAGUAAUAUGAAACAAAAGACUAAAGGCUAUGGUUUAGUGAAAACACCACUUAAAAAGGCUUUGAUAACACAAACUAAACUCAAGCUUGAGGAGUUGGGUUCAGAUAGUCAAGAGAAGUCUGUGGAUGUGUUGUUAAACAGUACACCAAAUUCUCCAUCUUUCCCUGUACCAUCUGAUAUGCCUGUGAAGGUAAAGUCCCGAUGGCGGCGUUCCAGUGAGUUGGAGAUGGGAACUAAUUCACCAGCUAACUCCCCAUUGGCUAGUCCGAGCUUGCCUCAGCGGUUGCAACCUAUUAGUGAAUGCCAAUCACCGCCCGAGGACGAGCAGCCACCAACGACGCCAUUAAGUAAAGAAUCCUAUGAUAGAAUAAUUGAAGAGAGAAUGAGGCAGUAUCAACAUUUAGAUGAGAAUGAGUAUUUAUGUGAGAGAAUGCUGAAUAAAGAGACCAAGAAAAUGAUCUGUGACUGUUUUCUGACCAAAGAAGAACUUGAGAGAGGAGAGAUGGCUUGUGGAGAAGACUGUUUGAAUAGGCUGCUUAUGAUUGAAUGUAACUCGAGGUGUCCAGUUGGUGACCGGUGUACAAAUCGACGUUUCCAAAAGAAAGAGAAUGCGCCAUUAAAGGUUUUUUACGCUGACAAAAAGGGUUGUGGAGUGGAGGCUAGUGUAGACAUACCAAUGGGCGAAUACCUAAUGGAAUACGUAGGAGAAGUCCUUGACUAUGACCAAUUUUAUAAGCGCGCCCAGGCGUACUCUGACGAAAACAACCUUCACCACUACUUCAUGUCUUUGAAAGGCGACACAGUGAUCGACGCAACUCUCAAGGGGAACAUUUCACGAUUCAUCAAUCACUCAUGUGAUCCCAACUCGGAGACGCAGAAGUGGACCGUCAACGGGGAGCUGCGGAUCGGGUUCUUCAGCAAACGCGACAUCGCGGCCGGGGAAGAGAUCACUUUUGAUUACCAAUUUCAGAGAUUCGGCUUUAUACCCCCAUCUUGGAAUUGGCAGCCCCGAACGGAAGAAGACAAGCUGGCGGGUCGCAUGGAAGUGAAGCGGUACAAGCAGACGAAGGAAAAACUGCGGCGCAGGCGCGAGCGACUGCUGCACAAGGUGCGACUGCUGGCCAGCAAGACGCAGCCUGGACAAGUGUUCGACGCUGCACUCAAGGCUGACCUGGUGGACUCGGAGACGGACACUGAAGCGGACUCCGAUGAGGCCGCCUCAGAUCCAGUGCCGCCUGCGGCGUCAGUGCCGGUGCCACCCGUCGAGUCCCCCCCUCUCGUAGCACCGUCGGAUCCUGCCCCCCUUGCCGACGAACCCGCCGCACCCGUGGCCGUUGACGCGGACGAGGUGGCCAGGAAGAUCAAGGAGCAGUUCCGUAGCAGCAUGGCCAGGGUCAUGGUGCAGCAUCUGAACCCAUAUAGGCAUUCUGAUGCGAAGGCUGGCCGGAUCACUUGUACGGCCGACUUUAAGCACCUCGCCAGAAAGCUGACCCACUUCGUGAUGCUGAAGGAGCUGAAGCACUGCCGGGCUGUCGAAGAGCUGGUGGUGACGGACUCGGUGCGCUCAAAGGCCAAGAUGUUCGUGAGGAAGUACAUGGCCAAGUUCGGCCCCGUGUACCGGCGUCCGCCCGAGGAGGCCGACUAGCGCAGGGCCCCCCCGGUGCCCGUGAGGGCCCCGGAGACACCCCACUGACGUUCUCAAGUGCUAACCCGCCAGCGGAGAAACCGACCGCUUCGUAAAAGAACAAUUGUGUGCAAGCUGCAUUUCCUCGAAUAUAACCGUUUUGUAUUAUGUAAUAUUGUAUGCGCUACCCUGCUGAGCACUGAUCUCGCUUAAAUUCAUGUGAUUAUAGUACCUCCUAACCGAAACGGGGUACGCGACGUGUUCACUACUACCUUGUAAGUCUGUAGUCAAUAGGGAAUAAGAAUUUAGAUCAAGAUAUCGCAGUAGCGCGGCAGUGUCCACCUGCCAGGUCGUUGAGUAGCUAACACCGAGUACGGUUCAAACACUGGUUCGACAUUUAAGACUGGACUGAAGAUAUAAAGUAAUAUUUGACUCGGUCUACAUAGUGGUGGUCGUUAAUGUGACGAAUGGGCCUGAUAUUGAAAAAGAAGCUCGGAUCUGCGUUGCUGUGCGAUUGUCAUAGUGUCGCGUUGUGUCUGUGUGAAUCGCGUUAUUGAAUGACGCCGCAUUUUUAUUGUCAAUAUGUACAGUUAACCGACUGUCGUAAUAUAAGGAUCAUUUGUAAUUUCCUUUGGUAGGUGGUGUGUUGCUUAUUAAUUGAUUGCGACUGUCGCUUUGUACGCGUCCACUAAUCUGCACUGUAUGCAACGGAUUUCAAUUACGUAAUCAAGGAAAUAGAAGACGCCGUUGAUAGGAGCAUAAUAAAUACCGCAGUGACGCCUUCGGAAUUUUAUUUCGAUUGACAUCGCGUUCAACUUGGUGUGGCAAAAGCAAAUACCGCCGCCGGUGCGAUCUAGUGGAUCUUAGUCUGAUAUUUUUCUAAUAUUUCUCUUCAAAUUGAUUUACUUUAGUGCACGAGAGCUGCGAGAACCAUAUAACUGGUUUGCGUGCGAUAGUAAUAAACACGAAUGCGAUUCCCUGGGAGAAAAGUAUAAUGCCAGAUUAGAUUACAUUGAAAUCAAAAUGGAUUUGUUUAUUGCAAAAUAAUAGCCUUCAUUAUUUUGUAAAAUGACGCAUUGCGUGUAAUAAUAUAAGUAGCAAGUUGGACGAUGUCAUAUCGUCGAAAUCGACUAAACGUUUCCUAGCCCCGUGCGAAACUUGUAAAUAUAGCUUAUACGGAUAUACUUAUAAACUAGUGUUACGACUCUGAACGAUAAUUGUAUUAUAGAUCAUAGAAUAUUUCACUAUUAUAAUUAUUAAGCUGAUUUCGAUUGAAAUAUGUAGGUAUUUUUUGAAAUAAUGCAGAAUUAAGGUAUUUAUUACAUGAUCUCUUGAUCCGAGGUUUUGUUACAGACAUUGAACUGGAAUAACGAUGUUUGCGUAAAGUACAUACACAGUAUUAUAGUCGAUUGAACCGAGUCGUUGUUAUUUAACAUGCACUGAUGAUUCUUUCCAUUUUAAAACGAUAUGAUUAUACGAUAAGUGAAUGUGCUGAAAUGGCAAAAUGUACAUACGAUGCUACUUAUGUAAUGCGUAAAAUAUCAAUCGGGCUAACUUGAAUCACUUUCACUAGUGUCAGUUUUAUAGCACGGAUGACCUUAUCUACUCGUCAUACGGUUGAUAGUCCGUUGACAGUCCAUGUUCAUUAACCUCACACGUUUCCUUACGUUUGAUGAAAUGAACACCACCGUAGGGUGAUUAUUAAACCUGUUUAGUAUAUAUAGUAUUAUUCUCCUCGCGGGGCCGUUGUAAGUACACUAUCUGUAGUAAUGUAAUGCAUGCUAUUUGUAUAUGCCAAUCUGCAGUGCAGAUGUCUACAAAUUGUGUGUUAUAUCAAUUCCUCGGAGAAAUAGUUCCGUUUUGUAACUACGUACGUUGCGCGAUUAUGUAGGCAUACGAUUUUGAUGUUAAACCAAUUAAUUCACUUUCUCUCUUCCAUUGACUGCAAAAGGGGUAACAAUACUUUUAGACCCGUUAAAUUAGUUUAGGUACUCGAUACUAUCGGUGUAGAUAUAUAGUAGAGGAGUUUCAGAAUGAUGUCGAGAGAGUGUAAUGACACCGAACAAUGUUAUGUAGGAUUUACAACGUUACGGUUUUUCAAUGGAAGAGGCAAGUUUAUGAUUAUUGAUAUAAGAGUAUGUGAUUAAUUAGUAUAUGUAAAUAUUGUACAUAAUGACGAGUGUCUUUCUUAUUGAUAGAGCGACUAAUUUUAUUUGAAUAUCCGUAGCGUAUGUCUGAAACGAGAUGGGUAGAGUUAUGUAAGCUUCUAUUUAUAAGUUUGCGAUGAGAUCGACGCCCCUCUGAACAAAUAAAAUGUUAUUUCUUUUAAUAUGUCCUGGUUUUAUUUUGUUUCAGAUUUAUUCAAUUGAUUUUAACCAGGGCUCGAAGUGAUAAUUAUCAGAAUAAUAAUAAUAACGCACACACUCAACAUUGCCCCGAACUAAGGAAACCCUGUGUCGCGGGUGUCAUGGACACACAUA